AUGAUCAUGGUUUUUUCAUCAUUGGCAUCGGUUCUCCCCAAAAAUACCAGAGAUAAAGAAAUUAAUGCAGCAUUCUCAAUUGGUAAAAUACUUCCAAUAGAUACGAAUUUGGUGGAUGAAUUGGAAAAGCAGGCACAAGGAAUUUCUAAAGAUGUUGAAACUAUGUUUCAACAUUUACAAUCGCAAAUGUUUGAGGCAACAGUUUUAACAAAAUCAUCUUUUGAAGUUUAUGAUCAAACAAUAGUAAAACAAGGCGAGGCAAUUGAAACAGCGAUUGAUAAAACUAAACAAUUGAUUGAGCUUUGUGUUGAUCUAGAUAAAGAAUUUAAUAGUAACGUUGUUGGCCUGUCAAGUAAAAUUUCCUGGCGAAAUGUUCUUGGCGGAUCUGUUCAUAGUAAAAAUAUAGUUGUUGGUGAUAGCUAA